GAGACAAUCACGCUGAGGAGUCAGCAGCAUGAAUCCACCGAUCAGAGACCUGAUGGACCAAAUGUAUCCAAAGACAUUCUACCGAAACUUUGAAGAAGUACCCUGCCCCUCUGAUCAGAACAGCACCUGGCUGUGCUUUGAGGUGGAAACCAAAAACCCAGCUGUCUCCUUCCACAGAGGGGUCUUUCGAAACCAGGACCCUCUCAAGACUCCUUGCCAUGCAGAAGUAUGUUUCCUGACUUGGAUCCAGGAGGUGCUAACCCCUGACCACCACUCCCAGGUCACCUGGUAUGUAUCCAGGAGUCCCUGCACCAGCUGUGCAAAUCUUAUUGUUCACUUUCUGGCCAUGCACAGAAGGGUGACCCUGACCAUCUUUGCUGCCCACCUCAACCGCUUCCGGGAAUCAGAUUACCAGCAGGGGCUUCUCAGGAUGGAUCAGGAAGGGGUCCAGCUGCACAUCAUGGGUCAUAAAGAAUUUGAAUACUGUUGGGACAACUUUGUGUACAACCAGAGAAAGCAAUUUGUGCCUUGGAAUGAAUUGAAUGAAAAUUGUGAGUUCCUGGUCCCCAAGCUGGAGGAGAUUCUCAGAAGCCCUUUGGAUAGGAUAAGUCAAAAAGAAUUCAGCAUCCACUUUCGGAACCGGCCGCGGGCUUAUGAGAAAAGCAUCUGGCUGUGCUUUGAGGUAGAAACAACCAAGUCACGUGUCACCAUCCACAGAGGAGUCUUUCGAAACCAGGUCCCUCCCAAGACUCCUUGCCAUGCGGAAGUACGCUUCCUCACUUGGUUCCAGGAGGUGCUGUCCCCUGACCUCCACUACCAAGUCACCUGGUACAUAUCCUGGAGCCCCUGCGCUGACUGUGCAGAUCUUGUGGCUGAUUUUCUGGCUAAACACAGAAAUGUGAGCCUUACCAUUUUCGCUGCCCGCCUCUACUACCACGGUGACCCAGAAAUGCACAGGGGACUUCACAGGAUGUAUCAGGAAGGGCCAAUGUGGACAUCAUGUCUGUUAUAGAAUUCGAAUGCUGUUGGGACAACUUUGUGUACAACCAGAGAAAGCAAUUCGUGCCUUGGAGUGGGUUGAAUGAAAAUUAUGAAUUCCUGGUCUCCAAGCUGGAGGAGAUUCUCGGGCAGAUGGACCCUCGGGUUCAGCAACAUGCUUUGGCAACCACCAAGGGACCAUCAGCUGGGCAGCGUGCAUCACCUACUUGGGGAGAGC